AUGGCUGCAGGCCGCGAGCAAAGUAUAUGCCUUGCCAUCUUCUUGUGCUUCACGUUCGUGUAUGUCGUCGUAACCGUCGCCAACAAGCGAAAGCGCAGUCUCCGAAUGCCUCCGGGUCCUGCAAGACUUCCUCUGCUAGGGAAUGCACAUCGGGUUCCUUCUCAAUAUCAGUACUAUACGUUCACCACGUGGGCUCGUAAAUACGGGGAGAUCGUCUACGCGCGCUUCUUUCAUCAGAAUGUCGUGAUAUUGAAUACGCUACGAGUGGCACAGGAGCUGAUGGAGAAGCGCGGCACCAUCUACUCAGAUCGUCCUCGCUUUGUCAUACUCGCUGAGUUAGUGAGAAUCUUCCAUCCAAACUACAGCCUCAUGCCUUAUGGCGAUGAAUGGCGACGACAACGCAAGUGGGCGCAGACAACGGUUCAGGCACGAAGUACUCUUGAGAGUUAUCGGCCGCUGCAGCAACGCGAAGUCCGUUCGAUGCUUUCGGACUUGAUUCAAGCCCCAGAAAACUUCGCAGAGCACAUCAGCAAGCAUGUAGACUUAUACGUAGCGAGUGUCUUGAUGGAAAUUCUAUAUGGAAUAACGGCGACAUCCUCGGAUGGCACGUUCAUUCGUAUGUCGCACGAGACGAUAUCGGGGACCCUAGACCUCGGCGGUGCAGGCUCUUCCUUGGCAGAUUUGUUCCCAAUUCUCCAGUACAUUCCGUCCGGGAUGCCGGGAGCGGGAUUCAAGCGCAAGGCCUUGAAACUGAGACGUGCGGCAGAAGAAGUUGUGAACCUGCCUUUCGAGCGUGUCAAGACUGCAAUGUCAUCUGGUACUGCUAAGACCUCGUUCGUACGGCGGAUCCUAGAGGAGACUUCUGAACUCGCAACGAACGUCGAAGAUGAGCGCAGGAUCAAAGCUAGUGCUGCCUUGAUGUACGAAGCGAUGGUCUUGUACCCAGAUGUGUACCGGAAGGCUCAGAUAGAAAUGGAUGCCGUCGUUGGACGCUCGCGGUUGCCGAAUCUGGACGAUAGGCUCGUGCUGCCCUACUUAGAGUGUGUUCUGAAAGAAGUGUAUCGGUAUGUUCUCGCACCUACUCGGUUUCCCAGUCCUGAAUUUAUCUUGAAUGCAGAUGGUCUUGCCCCGGGCCUCUCGAUAAGUCAGAACAUUGGUCAACCGGUUCAGAUACUCGACCAUGAGACUUCAGGCCUACCGCAUGCGGUCUUAAAAGGCGACCAAUACCGCAAUUAUCUCAUACCUGGAAAAUCCAUAGUUAUCGCAAACAUCUGGGCUAUGUCGCGAGAUCCAGAGAUAUAUACUGAAGCUGAUGCUUUCGACAAUGAUCGCUUCCACCCAAGUCUCCCGGAUACAGAUGACUUGACCGAUCCACGCAAAUAUAUAUUCGGUUUUGGACGAAGGAUCUGCCCUGGCCGUUUCCUUGCUGAUUCGAGCUGUUGGUUAGUGGCCGCAGCGAUGGUGGCCGCAAUGGAUAUCUCGAAGGAUCGCACCUCAUCUGGAGACGAGAUAGAUCCCAUGGAAUCGUUCUCACCCGCAACCGUCAGGCGCCCCAAUCCGUUCGUAUGCAACAUCAGACUGCGAUCUGAAAAGGUGGCGCAGCUGCUAUCUCAAAGAGAUGACGAUGGGAUGGACCGGAGUGAGGCAUGA